AUGUGGCUCACGGAUCAGCAGAAGAUCGGCGUCGGCCUGGUGUCGUUCGGUGCAUUCUUCCUGCUGGUCGGCAUCGUCCUCUUCUUUGAUGCUGCGUUGCUGGCGCUCGGCAACGUCCUCUUCACGGCGGGCAUCACGCUGCUGAUUGGCCCGCAAAAGACGUUUUACUUUUUCGCGCGCAAGCAAAAGAUUCGCGGCACCGUCUGCUUCUUUGCGGGCAUGUUUCUCGUCUUUUGCAAGUGGGCCGUCAUCGGCAUGCUCGUCGAGGCGUUUGGGUUCCUCAACCUCUUUGGCGACUUUUUCCCAGUGAUCCUCAACUUUCUGCGGCAACUGCCAGUGAUUGGCAACGUCCUCUCGCUCCCGUACAUCCGUGGCUUCCUGGAUCGGCUGGCGGGCGCCGGUCAGAGGCAAUCAGCGGUAUGA